AUGGACUCCAUUGCCAUCAAUGAUACCAUCGAUGACACCACCGAUCACUGCAAUGACACCAAUGAGCGCACAGUCACCACACCAUCCGCUACACCGCCGAUGACGCCUCAGAUGACACCACCGCUCGACACAGCGCUCCUCCACAUGAAGAUAUCGGGCGAUGAGUCGAGUGAUUGUGUCGACGACUCCGAUGGACAGACAUGUUGUCACACCUCUCUCACCAACACAAACAUCAACGCUUCCAUCACUUCCACCCGUGAUCUGAACAGUGAGUCCGUUGUGGCCGAAGACCAGAGCCAAGUGACUGUGGAGUCGACGGACAAAGAGGUGGACAAAGAGGUGGGACAGCCGUCGAGAGGACCGGCGCUCAACCGGAGUCGUCAUCCGUUGACAUACGGCUGGCAGUUGUGGUUCUGGAGGGCCGACCCCGGAGUGAAAGUGGUGUGGCGUCAGGCCUUACAGCGCGUCUGCAAACCCUUCCAUACCAUCGAAGACUUCUGGUGUUUAUAUCAUCAUAUCGUUUGUGUCCAACAGUUAGUGCCGCCGUCGGACUACUGUGUGUUCAAAGCGGGAGUGGAGCCCAUGUGGGAGGACUCGCACAACAUCUUAGGCGGCAAAUGGAGUCUCGAGUUCCCGAAGUCGGCCCACAAGCAGACGGACCCGCGUUUGGAU